CAGCCGGAAAUCCGGAUUUGGUCAUUCUUUUAAUUUACAUUAGCUAAGAUGUGCUACUAGCCGCUCAGGAGAAGUUUCUUGAUGGAAAUGUGUGUGAAGGUUAACCCUCGGUUAUGUUUGUAGAGACAGAAAACUAGUUUGGACAGAAGGCGGAGGAUUUUACCGACACACCAGUAUACCGUCUCAUCCAAUGGGAUCGCUGUGAAGUUUGAUUGAUUUGCCUCCCAGCCAAUAGAAAGCCUUCUCCUCAAAUGACGGCGUCCCGGCAGGUUCUGAUGCAGCGGGCGUCUCUUUCCGGCGCAGUGUGCUGGGAUGCUGAUGCUGCUGAGCCCGGUCGAUCAGUCGCAUCUUUAGACCUCCAUGGCUGCCGGCAUGCAGUACAGUCAGAGGUUGCGGCAUUGCGUUGACCUCUGCCUGGGUCUCUUCUUGUUUCUAGCGGGGCUGCAGCAGGUGGAGGCUGCCGCCGCCGCCGCCACGGACAUGGCCAGCUUCAACUGGAAGCCGUUCGUCUACGGAGGGAUGGCCUCGAUUGUCGCAGAAUUUGGGACGUUCCCCAUUGACCUGACCAAGACCCGGCUGCAGGUCCAGGGUCAGUCUCAGUACACGGAGGUGCGCUACCGGGGAAUGUUUCACGCCCUGUUCAGGAUCGGGAAGGAGGAGGGGAUCCGAGCGCUUUACUCUGGGAUCUCUCCAGCUCUGCUGAGACAAGCUUCUUACGGGACAAUCAAGAUUGGAACCUACAACUCUCUGAAGAGGCUGUUCGUCACUCGCCCUGAAGAUGAGACCAUGGUCAUCAACGUCUUCUGCGGCGUGGUGUCUGGAGUCCUGUCCUCUUCUCUGGCGAACCCCACCGAUGUUCUCAAGAUCAGAAUGCAGGCGCAAGGCAGUCUGCUCCAAGGCAGCAUGAUGUCCAACUUCAUCAACAUCUACCAGACAGAAGGGACCCGGGGGCUGUGGAGGGGCGUCAUUCCCACGGCGCAGCGGGCAGCCAUUGUUGUUGGCGUGGAGCUUCCCGUCUAUGACAUCACAAAGAAGCACCUUCUCCGCUCUGGCGUCAUGGGAGACACCAUCUUAACUCAUUUCAUCUCCAGUUUUGCCUGUGGCCUGGCGGGGGCGCUGGCCUCCAACCCGGUAGAUGUGGUGCGGACCCGGAUGAUGAACCAGAGGGUUUUGUCCGGAAGCCCCGCCUACAAAGGGACCCUGGAUGGAGUGAUGCAGACGUGGAAGAACGAGGGCUUCUUCGCUCUCUAUAAAGGCUUCUGGCCCAACUGGCUGCGACUGGGACCCUGGAACAUCAUCUUCUUCAUCACCUUCGAGCAGCUGAAGAAGCUCCCGUUCUAACCAGAGCGUUGGACCGCCCCACUCAGAGGGGGGCGUAAGCAGCAGCCUGGUGUCUUCUCACCCCCUCCUCAUCCGACCAAAUGGAACCACCGUCGUACUCCUUCAGUUUGUCGUUUUUAAAGGUUGCUGCUUCUGUCGUCUCUCUGGCAGCUGAACGUCUGCAUGAAGAGACGAACUUUGGAGGAAAAACAAAAAAAAAGCUUCUAACUAAAGAGUUUAUUGACUUGAAAUAGGGAUGUGAAAUUAUAAAACAGAUGUUUGUAUUUAUGGAGUUUUAGAGCGUUCAGAGGAACGCCGCGUCCAGAUCCUGGAGUUGAGGAGCGAACAGCAGAAUGCUGGGAGUGGAGAGCGCGGCCAGUCGACUGUUACAGCAGUUUACCGUCCCGAUGGAGAUGCAGCAGAAACGGCAGCUUUCAGUCCAACCACAGGAAAGGUCGAGAUGUGAGUCGAACACUGUUAGCAAUAAUUAUCGAGGAGUUUCCAUGAGAUUGGAAUAAAUCAUAGGAACAAGUACGGAAAUACAAAGACAUUCGAAUAUUUCUGAAAUGUUUUGUUCUUGGAGCGUCUCGUUGGAGGCAGGAGCAUCGUCUUCAGUCCGUCUUCCUCAAUCUGAGGUCCUGAUUGGUAAGAAGUCCAAAACAUUUCAGCAUUUCAAACGUCCUUUGGCGUUUCCACCGCUGUGAAUCCUCCAGUUCCUGCUGGUCAACCGGCAACAUUUCCAGAGAAUCUUGAUGGCGUUUAGAGACGGUAAAUCCCACUUUGACUUCUUUAAGCUGUUUCUCAGUUCUGAGGCCACAUACUUUGAUAGACAAUAAUAAAUGAUCAGGUUCUGUGAGUGAAAACAUUUGCUCUUUAGCAAAAAGAAGCAGAUAUAAGGUUUGUGGUUUUAAAGAUUUUACCUCCUGAACUCCAAUUUCUUCGUCUUUUUGUUUUGUUAAAGAAACGUCCCGUAAACAUAAAUCAAGCAGGAGAAUGUGAGCAGGUCAACAAAAAGCUGGUGUAAAUGGAUGUACAGACUGCUGUUCUCUCUGAAUGUAAAAAGGACAUUUUCUCCUUUGUGCCAACAGUUUCUUCUAAACCGUACCAUCUUCUCUAUCAAAACAAAAACUUUGAUUAGAUGACUGAAACCCUUCUGUCUCCUCAUUGUUGAUUUCUGUGAGAACAUAUCAGUUUACUGACUCCGCCCUCUACAGCUUCCUCGCUUUUCCACUUUACUGAGUCCCAGACACUUUGUGUUUAUAAAAUCAAUUUUAAAACUGAUGUUAAUGAGAACUCCCUCCAAAGUUUUUUUUUUUUUUUUAAAGAAUAGUCGAAUUGAUAGCGUCUUCCAGUCCAAACGUGGUCUCCUGAUCUCCAGCGGCCUCCUCUGCUCUUUGAUAUUUAUUGCAGUUGAACCGUGAAGCCCAACAGCUGCUGAAGUAUCCACGCUUUCCUCUGUACACGAACUGGAGUUUGAGGAUUUAGAGUUGAGUGAUGCUUCAGAGGGAAAAGUUCUGCUUUCGGUUCUGUUUUUAAACUUUCUUUUGGAUUCUUUAAAGCCUUAAACAGUCGUGUGCAGAUGUUUAUUCUCCAGGAUACACAUUUAUAGACAUUCAGAGCUUCUCAAAUGUAAAGAUGGCAGCUUGGAGGUGGCUUUUAUUUUGUUUGUGAGUUGCAAACCUGCUGCAAGAACUGCAUGUGUGACUGACAUGUUCCUGACGAUUUUUUGUGCUUUUUGAAUAUUUCUCGGGUCAUUUUGCUGAGAUGUCUGGCAGGAAAACUCCAUAAUGCCCAUGCAUCUUUAUUUGUAAAUAACUUUAUUUAAAAAGUGAGGAAACUCGAGCGCAUGACUGUUCACUGAUCACCUGAUGUUCACUUUGCUUUGUUGCCUUUUCUUUUAUGUCCACACUGUUUUAUUUUUCAAGUUGAAAAAGAAAAAUCUUUAUUUUUUUGUUGAAAUUUAUUGUGAAACUGCAUUUCCCUGCAGGUGCGAUCUGUUACCUGAAGAACGAGUCACUGAGCCUUUUGGAUCACCUGUGUACUGUAAAACUGUAGAAGUGUCGUCUGUCGGGACAACGGCUUUAAAAACACCCCCCACUCCCCCAAAAAAAUCCCACCUGUUCGGUCAGCUGACAGGUACUUAUUGACACCAACUGAUCACAGAGAAACACUGGGAAGAAGCUACAUGCUGAUUGGACAGCUUGUAGUUUUGUUCGGAAACCCUUUCAAAAUAAAAGUCAAAGAAUUUAAGGGCAAAAAACUUUUUCUGUAUUAUGAAAUUAUUUAUUUGUUAUUAUUUUAAAGCUAAUUAUUUAAAAAAUGUAUCAUCCUAAAAUUCAUAUUUAUUUUUUCUGGCAGCUUCCUGUCUUUAAACGGAUAAACACGACAGACCAGAUCAUUUCAAAGCAGCCGCUCGACGUUUGUGCUGCUAGAAGACGAAUCACACGCUCACAAAGUUCUUUUUUUUAUUUCUGUUGCUCUGCUGUAAUUUCUCAGCAUGUUUUUUGUUGAAAUUAAAUCAGCAAAAAGUCAGACAGAAAUUUUUCAAACUGUGAGUUGAAGCUUGUAAAAACUUGCAGUUUCAUGAAUGUAAAUGUUGUUUUGAUUUUGUUGGGAAAAUCAUAGUCUGUUCAACUUUAUUUAUGAAAAUAUUGAAAGUUAAUUGAUGUUUUUAAAAAUUCAAAAUGUACAUCUUUUUCUCUUGAGGUGAAAGUCAGAAAAAUUAGCUAUGGAAAUAAAAGUGACUUGAUAAAUGAGGCUA